AUGUUCCGCGUGUCGCCGAAACCGCCAGCCGACCAAUGCCAAUCUCAAGCAACAGUUACAUCGUCAUCGCAGCUAUUCGUCAAGGGUUCGCCGAAGUCGUUAGGCCGAACCGCUGUCGCAAGCUGCGUAUCCCUUCCCCGUCUCUUCGCUCUUCUCGUCCUUCUAGGGUGCGCCGGAUUGUGGCCGGCUUUUCUCCGCACCGCCGCGAAUCACGCCGACGAUAGUGGCGCUAACAGCGGGGAUACCGGCUCAGAGUCGUCGGAUAGUCUAGGCACGCCAAGCGGCUUCUUCAGCGUGUUUGGCGGACCGUCCGCGAUUCGCGGCGGGUUCUCCGCACGGCAGCUGAUGGAGAUGACGUCAGAAGGCGUUUUAAGGGGCGGAGGGCGCCGCAAGGGGGGGAACAUGCUGACGUUGCGCGAUGACGAGACUACAGGGGAAGGGCAAACGGAGAACAGGGAAGGGGGAAGGCAAGAGGGGGAGGGGGGAAGAGAGGAGGGAACGGAAGAAUCAGCGAGGGGGAAGGGGGAAGCGGAAGGGGAGCAUGCGGAAGAGGCGGAGGAGCGCGCGAACCGCGCUAGCCCGUCUAUGACGCCAGGCACAGCGCUCCACACGGUAGUCCGCGCGCGGGGGCGCGGGGCGGGCGAGGGUGUUGCGGCGCCUGGAGCGCUGCGCGCUGCCUCGGGGGGCGAGGGGGAGGCGCGCGGAGCGGAGGGCGCGGGGGAGAUGCGCGGAACGGAAGGCGCGGGAAGAGGGGUGGGGUUGGGGGAUGUGCUGGGAGAGGGAGGAGAAAGAGGAGGAGAGAGAGGCACAGAGAGCAAGGGGGGAAGCGUGGAGGGAAGAAACGAGGGGGGUGAGGGUAGAGAAAUGCGAAUAGGGGACAGAGAAAGGGGGGAACGGGGGGAAGGGGAAGGAAGCGGGGAGGGAGGGGAGAAAAGAGAGGGAGGGGUGGGAGGAAAGGAGGGGGGAAGAGAGGGAAGGGAGGGAGGGGAGUGGGGAUGGCGAUGGGUGGACGAAAAGGACGCAUCCUGGCCGCUCUACUCCGCUGCAUCCUGUCCGUUCAUCUUCCCUGGGCAGAACUGCCGAUCCAACGGCCGCAACAACACGAGGUUCGAGCGAUACGCGUGGCGACAGGGGGUGGAGCGGAGUGGGGAAGGCCGGGAGGGCUGGGGGGGAGUGGAGGAAGGGGAGGAGGCGGAGGGGAAGGAGCGAUCGUGGUGUGAUGCGUUGCGGGGCGUGCGGCAUGGGAGCGGGGUUGGAUCUGCCACACCCGUGACACCCAAUGGGAUGAUGACACGUGUGGCGUAUAUAGGGGACAGCAUGAUGCGCAACAUGUUUGAGAGCAUGGCGUGCAUGCUGCAUGCGCACCCCCGCUGCGGCGGCAAUCCUGAGGUGGUGCGCGCGAAUGUGGUGGAGCGGAUCAUCCGAUGGGACACCUGCAACGUUACCCUUGCUAAUCUCAGGAGCAACUUCCUCACGGAGAUCUCAUUCAAGGACCCCACGGACGAGUUCAAGGGCGCCACGCUUCACCUCUCCCGCCCUGACAAGCGGUGGAAGCAGCGGAUCAAGAACUACGACGUGUUUGUGAUCAACUCAGCCCCCACUCCUUUCAGAGUACCGCACUGA